UGCUGCCCGGAGCCAUGGUGAUCAUGUCGGAGUUCAGCGUGGCCCCCACAGGCACAGGCCAGAGCCAGCAGAAGACCCUGCGAGUGGGUUUUUACGACGUGGAGCGGACCCUGGGCAAAGGCAAUUUUGCGGUGGUUAAGCUGGCGCGACACCGAGUCACCAAAACGCAGGUUGCAAUAAAAAUCAUUGACAAAACACGAUUAGAUUCUAGCAACUUGGAGAAGAUCUACCGGGAGGUCCAGCUUAUGAAACUGUUGAACCACCCCCACAUCAUCAAACUGUACCAGGUUAUGGAAACAAAGGAUAUGCUUUAUAUUGUCACAGAAUUUGCAAAAAAUGGAGAAAUGUUUGAUUAUCUGACUUCCAAUGGGCACCUGAGUGAAAACGAGGCACGGAAGAAGUUCUGGCAGAUUCUGUCAGCUGUGGAAUACUGCCACAACCAUCACAUAGUCCAUCGGGACCUCAAGACCGAGAACCUGCUGCUGGACAGCAACAUGGACAUCAAGCUGGCAGAUUUUGGAUUUGGGAAUUUCUACAAGCCAGGAGAGCCUCUGUCUACGUGGUGUGGGAGUCCUCCGUAUGCAGCCCCCGAAGUCUUUGAGGGGAGGGAGUAUGAAGGCCCUCAGCUGGACAUCUGGAGUCUCGGAGUGGUACUGUAUGUCCUGGUCUGUGGCUCUCUCCCUUUCGAUGGACCCAACCUCCCGACACUGAGGCAGCGUGUGCUGGAGGGCCGGUUCCGCAUCCCCUUCUUCAUGUCUCAAGACUGUGAGAUGCUGAUUCGCCGCAUGCUGGUGGUGGACCCUGCGAAGCGCAUCACCAUUGCCCAGAUCCGCCAGCACCGGUGGAUGCAGGCUGAUCCCAGCCUCCUGCAGCAGGACGACCCCACCUUCUCCAUGCAAGGCUACACCUCCAACCUGGGUGACUACAACGAGCAGGUGCUGGGCAUCAUGCAAGCCCUGGGCAUCGACCGGCAGAGAACGGUGGAGUCUCUGCAGAACAGCAGCUACAACCACUUUGCUGCCAUUUACUACCUCCUGCUCGAGCGCCUCAAAGAACACCGGAGCACCCAGCCCUCACCCCGGCCCAGCCCUGCACCCACCAGACAGCCCCGAACCCGAAGCUCAGACCUCAGCAGUCUAGAGGUGCCUCCAGAAAUCCUCCCCUGUGACCCCUUCCGGCCCUCCCUGCUAUGCCCACAGCCCCAGGCCUUAGCCCAGUCCGUCCUGCAGGCCGAGAUGGACUGUGACCUCCACAGUUCACUUCAGCCCUUGCUCCUCCCUGUGGAUAACUACAGCGGAGUGUUCCGGCACCGUUCUGUCUCCCCCAGCAGCCUGCUGGACACGGCUAUCAGUGAGGAGACCAGGCAGGGUCCCGGCCUGCAGGAGGAGCGGGAGGCCCAGGAACCCCUGCCUGGAAGCACAGGCCGGAGGCACACCCUGGCUGAAGUCUCCACCCACUUCUCCCCACUCACCCCUCCCUGUAUAAUCGUCUCCAGCACCACAAGUCCUUCGGAAGGAACCAGCUCGGACAGCUGCCUCCCCUUCUCUGCAAGUGAGGGUCCUGCAGGGCUCAGUGGUGGCCCUGUCACACCAGGCCUGCUGGGUGCCUGCUCUCCAGUCAGACUGGCCUCGCCAUUCCUGGGGGCACAGUCUGCCACCCCUGUGCUGCAGACUCAGGCAGGCCUGGGCACAGCUGUCCUACUUCCUGUCAGCUUCCAGGAGGGACGGAGGGCGUCAGAUACCUCACUUACUCAAGGGCUAAAGGCCUUCCGGCAGCAGCUGAGGAAAAAUGCAAGGACCAAGGGGUUCCUGGGGCUAAACAAGAUCAAGGGGUUGGCACGCCAGGUGUGCCAGUCCUCCAGCCGAGCAUCCCGGGGAGGCCCGAGCACCUUCCACGCCCCAGCCCAGAGCCCAGGCCUACAGGGCUGCACAACAGGCAGCCGGGAGGGCAGGAGCCUGCUUGAAGAGGUGCUGCACCAGCAGAGGCUGCUCCAGUUACAGCACCAUCCAGCCACCUCGCCUGGCUGCCAGCAGGUCCCCCAGCCGCCCCCUGUCCCCGUGCUCACCCCCUGUGACGGCCUCCUCAUGUCUGGGCUCCCACUGCUGGCGGCCCCCCUCCUGCAGGCCGGCAUGUCCCCUGUGGUGUCAGCUGCACAGCUCUUGGAUGCCCACUUGCACAUUAGCGCCAACCCAGCGUCUCUCCCCACUGGGCCCCUGCCGCAGUGCCUCACCAGGCUGACCCCAGGCUGCGACCCCACUGGACUGCCACAGGGAGACUGUGAGAUGGAGGACUUGACUUCUGGCCAGCGAGGGACAUUCGUCCUGGUGCAGUGAGGGUGGCCCUGCCGCGUUUCCCAUGGCCGAUUGACUCUUUCAAGCAAUAAUUUCAGAGUAUGUGAAGGUGGUUUUGGACUCAAAGCCAAGAACUUACUAGAUGUGAAACAAGCAAUACGUUUGGUGUGCGGCCUCUUAGGGCUGGUUUUACUUUUUCCUUGCACUGAGUGACCUCAACUAUGAGUAGGGACUGGAAACUCUGGAGAAAAAUAAUAAUUGAGGGUGCGUCACGUGGGUGGGUGGACGGGAGGGGAAGCAGGGUGGGGGAAGAUAGGAGCAGGGAGGGGUGGGCUGCACAGGGACCUGUGCUCCUGUCCACGGUCCAUCGUCAUCACGUGAUGAGCUUGGAUGUCCCUAGAAGGGAGCAGCGCUGUGUGGCACAUGCCUGUGUGUGGAUUAGCAUCCUUUGAUUUGGGUUCAUAGCUCUCCACUUCCUGAAGUGUUCGUGCUUUAACGAAAACUGUGAACUUGCUGCUUUUCUGUGAGUUUAGAGCACCUGAGGGUCGGCCUACGACGUCUGUCUGCAUUCUCGGAAUCGCCCCCAGAGCUGGAGGACGGUCUUCUGUUCUAGCUGAGUUUCUCAGCUGUUCAAGUUGGUUCUCCAGGCCUCUCAGAGGGGCCACUAGAGAGGCCUGCAAGGGAUGGGGACCUGAGGUGGGGACUCUGCCAGGGUCCCUCGGCUCAGAGCCCCUCACCCCUCAAGGACGCCAACACGUUCCUGCCUGCUGUGCAUUCUUGUUUCCGCUGCUAAUUACCAGAUUUUUAUGCAUUUCAUUAUCAGGGUCCAACAAAAACACCUGACUUGGAGAAACUGCAAUACCAAGGGGCUGUGACCAGGGAGGCCUGGGUGUCCGUGGGUAUCUUGGCUGUACCCACCAGCCCUUGGCCUGGGACCUUUCCCAGUAAAAUAGCCCCAACACCCAGGGUUGGGCUCUGUCUGGCUUUCGUUUGAGGAAGAAGUUUAGGUCAGUGUAAAGCUUUCUUUUUUAAGCAAAUACUGUAUAUGUUAUAAAUAGGACACAGACGCUACUUAUUUUUUAUAUUUUGUACUACGCUUUUAUGUUCCUGGCUUAAACCUCCGUUGGUCACAUGAGAAGUGUUGCCAUGUGCACCAUGUUGAAGGGGCGGAGGGCUGUCCAGCACAGGGUGGAGGUGGCGGAGAAGGAGUAGCUCCACUUGACAGGCCCAUCAGCUCUGCCGUCAGAAGCUCAUGGGUGUCGGUACUUCCUACUUGUUCCUGUCAGGCACCUGUCCCUCUCCCUCUGGGUGCCUUACACUGGCAUCUCACCACCAUAGUAUUAACCUGAGGUUGCUAGGGGAGGGGAACGGCAGCACGUUUAAAAGCCAAAGAUUGACAGAGUUACCUGUGGCCAGGAAGGAGGCUGCACUCUACCUGGCAGCACGGCCCUCCCUGCCACCCUGUGGCCCGUCUUGUGGCAUUUGCUCUAAAGACAUGUGAGGAGCAUUCUAAGGUGGAACUGGCACCCUGCACAGAGCAGGCCAAAGAGUCUCCGUCCUGCCGACUCCAGAGAUGUGACGCGUGGGAGCUCCCAGUGUCCCGGGUGGCCGGCCUUCGCCUCCCACAGGUCGUGUCUGGAUGCUACUGAUCAAAGGCCUGGGCACUGCUGUGUCUCUAAGUGACAGCACUUUACUUUCCAGCAAGGUGUUCUUGUUGCUGUCAACCCUCUGGGGACCGCAACGUGGUUUUUAAGUUCUUGUUUUUCUGAGUGUGUGGUGUGUUUUUGUAGAUCUCUUGACAGCCCUGUCCUGGACUUAAUGUAAUCGCCUAUUUAAAGACACUACGUGAUCUGAGAUGUAUAUAAUUGGGUUUGUUGUUUUUUACUAUGAAUUGUUUCAUUUCUCAUCUUCAUGAGAAAUGUGAGACAUGUAUGCCAAAUGAUUAGCUCAUGUAUGUUUUUUUUAAUUUAAUAUUUAAAUAAAAUAUUCACGGGGAAACCUUGACAUUUCCCUUAGCUCA